AGGCGGAGGAGGCGGCAGGAGAGGAUGCGGCGGGGCAGCGAUGCUGCGUCUGAGCCCCCUUCUGCCUGAGGAGAAGGACAUCAUCCUCGGAGGGGAAGGAGGAAAGUGGGGAGAAGGCGGCCAAGCUCGCACGGAGCCCGCCGAGCUCUCCCGGCGGCUGCCCGCGGCUCGCCUGGCACCCCAGCAAAGUUUCCCGAGCUCGGUGAAGAGAGGCGAGGAGGAUGUGAGAGCCUUCUGCUCCUAGCACACAGCUGGGCUUCCAGCCCCGGCCCUGCUGGGACUAGCCAUGGCUUUGUCAUCCCCGACUGAAGGGUGAAGGGGAGACCCGGCACACCCGCGCUCUCCAUCGCUCCAGCCCAGAGAUUUCAAGGCAGCAGGAGACCAGAGCUAGCCUUCUCAACGCAGCGUACACCCUGUGAGGACUGAAGUGACCUCUGAGACUCAUCUCAACAUGUUCAGUGAAAAGAGCAGCGGCUCUUUGUCCCAGAAACCCAUUCAGAAAAAGACACGACCUCAGGGCCUCCCCUCCCCUGCUCUCUGCUGCGCUUGUGGACUCUGCAUCAUGCUAGCAGGGAUCAACAUCACUUUAGUGGGAGCAUUUGCCUUUGGGACCUUCCUCCCCAUGAACAACCCUCCCAUCAUCAUCGGACCCAUCUUGCUGGUGGUGGCCUUCACAUUCUUCGGUGCCUGCUGCAUCUGCAGCCGCAGGCCCCCAGCUCACGGGGCCAGGAAAUCCAAACCAGGUUCCAACAUUGGGCUCAUCAAACCUGGCAACACAGCCUUUGAAAUUGAAACUAGUGAGCACACGGUGCAGGAUACCACCGCCGUUCAGCUGAGCCCCACAAAUUCCCCCAUCUCCUCGAAAAAGUCCACACCGGUUCACGAGAACGCGAAGACUUGCAAGCUCUUCACCAUGGAAGGCAACGGGCCGGUGGCCAAGUACACCACAGGAGGAGAAGCGAUACAGCUCAACUUGCCCAGGGACCUGGCCGCAUCCUAAAGCCAGGCAGAGCUUUUGUUAGCAGCCAGCCAGACGCUGCAAUGGGUGGGCUGGAAAUCCAUGGGUGUGGGGAAGGUGCUUGUGGAAAGCCAGCAGACAGCCAGGUCUCUCUGAAUCAAUUUAAGGGAGGUGGAUGCAAUAGCAGAAAUAUUCUGGAUUUUUGCUGAGGGGAACAUGCCCAUUACGUGGCUUUAAAAAGAAAAUUGAUAAUGAUGUUGCUGUGAAAGGAUGACUCUUAAGUUCCUGGGAAUACACCGGCUUUUUUGGGGAGCAAAUAGGAAGAGGGGAAUGAAUUAAUUUGUCUAGCAUAACGUGGAAACAUGUUGGCUGGAAGGAGGGGCUACAUGGGGCUGACAAAUGACAGCUCUUUCUUCUCAGAAGUGAAGCAAUUCUUGAACGUAAAAGAAGCAGGAAUGCAGUAAAUUACAGCUCGCUGCCACUCAGUCACAAGAAGAUCUCAGCAUUUUAAGUGCCAAGCUUUUUGGCAGCAGGGACAAAGCUAUGUGUUCGCUAAUGAAAAAGUAGUGUGAAAUAAUCUCCUCUCCCUUGAAAAUCCUUGCCCCAUCUUGGGUUCACUUGCGUGACUUUACCACCCAUUCUAAGAGACAAUGAAUCACAAGGAUUGCAAUUAGCACUGGUAUUUUCCUCUUGUUUUAAUCAGGAUGGGCUAUAGCUGUGCAGCUCAGAGCAGUACGUACCUUGGAAGGUCAGCCAGGCUGAAUCCUUGGGGACAAGCUCUUGGAGUAACCAGAGAUUGGCAGGAGCCUGCAAAUGGAAUCCUUGGGCAAUGAUUAUGUACUGAGUGCUAGGCAGCUUCCUUUCCAUCUUUUUUGUGGAAGGCUGCCCUGGGACACACAUCAGCUUGGGACAAGGAGUAAAUAACUGUAUGGGCUUCAGUAUAGCUGUGCUGGAAGACGGUGACUAUCUCUUUCCCUGAAGUGGCUGCGAGAUCCAUUACACAAUCAGGAGCGAGUGGAUCCCCUUGCUGCAGGAAACUGGCUGCUCAAUGUGCUCGCGGGCUUGCAAAGCAAUGGGAAGAGUUUGCGGAAGAGAAUUUAUGAAGAGCUGUUCAACAUAAAGACACCACCUCUGCCUCGGAAAGCCCCUGGCCUGAUGGAUUAUUGCUGCAAAGGCUUUGUGUUCCCUGGGUAACCCCAGCUGGGAAGACAGUGCUGUGCUAACGGGCCUUUGCUCUGACUCCUGUAGGGGCUGUUCACACGUUUUAUGAGACAUGGGACCAGUGUGGGGAAGGACAGCUGUGCUAGGCAAGACCAGUACGUGGGGAGGCAGCACCGGGGGAGUGGAUUUUGAGUAGGAACGGCUGCAUAGGUUCUCUGUUUAUGGAAAUCCUAUAUUACAAAUGGGACUUUUGUGACUUUGAGUGACUAGGAAAUUAUAUGGACACAAGAGUGACCAUACCAACACAUUCCAAAGGCCCAGCUAGCCCAGCGUCCUGUUUCUGAGAAGGCCAAGAGCAAGGUCUGGAGAAGACAGGGCAAAAGCAGGAUGUUGCUUGUCCAAAAUGCUCUCCCAGCCUCCGAUGAGCUAUGGGUUAGGAGCUUCCUGAGCUGGAAGUGGUGCCUGUGUUUAGUAGCCCUGAAUGGAUUUCUUCUUCAUUAAAUAAUCCAGUUGCGCCUUGAAUGUCUGUCAGCUUUCAUUGUUUGUGAUCCUGCAGCAGACAGUUGUAGACUUUAAUGAGAGGCCAUAAAGUUCUCUGUCCUUGGCUUAUUUUCAUCCUGCACCCUACUAAUUCCCUUUGAUGCCCCAAGUUUCCAGGAUUAGAAGGGCCAGCAAACAGUCCAUACCCUGCCACACCCCUCAGCUUUUCUGGGGCCUUUGUCAUGUUUCAUAGAAUAGUUCAUAGUUCAAGUUUCCUUCAGUUAUCUCUUUCCUACGGCACUUCGCAUCCCUUGUAGCCAGAGGGAGGUAACACUUCCCAUUCAGCCCAGCAUCAGUGGUUUGCUAGGCUGAGGACAACACAGCCCUGAGGCGUUAGCCAGCAGAAAUGGAUGUAUGGAGGGGCAGGAGGGCUGAAAGGGAGAUGCUGGAGGAGAGGCAGGUGUUGUGACACGGCCAAGGCUCUCCUUGGCCAACAGCAGACCUCUGCGUGGCCAGGCUGUGAGAACCGUACGGCUGGUGUGCUGGGUUAAGUGAUGGCACAUAGGAUCAUGGGGGAGCUGGAGAGAAGAGCCGCGGUGCUCUGCAGGCCGUGCAUGAGGUGUCCUGGUUGCCCUGGGAAGCCGCUGUGCAGCUGAUGGCCCCUUCAUGAGCUCAGCUAGGAGGAGCCUGAAUUCCAUUCCUUGAUGAGAGGUAACCAAACUGUCUUAAUGUAGGUCCAGUGUGGGUUCUCCUUGAUUGGUCCAACACUUUUGCUGCCUUGAACAGCUUCUUCUACAUCAAGGAAUCACAUCUGUGAUUUUAGGAGGGCUGGUCUACUGGCUAGGAGGGGCAGAAGCAGGCUCAGGAGAAGGGCGUUUGUGUGGUUCAAGUCUUUUGUACAGCCUCCAGGUCCUGGGCAAAUCAUUUAAUGCGCUAGUGCUCAGCUCCCUGCCUGUGCAGGAGGGAAAACACCUGCUCCCAACUCCGCUUAAAGCUGCGUUAAAGAUGGACACAUUGCCGAGCAGCACGGUUGGUAUUAGCACACCUGAGUCUGGAGGUUUGCUUGAAGGUGGAUGAGUCUGUAUGGUCUGAUCUCUGCAUGAUCCCCCCUAGAGCUCAUUUUCAUGGAUGAGCUCUGCUUCCAGCACUGGCUGCCCUUCAGCACACAGGAACUGCUGUACUGAACAAAAGGCUCCCAUGAUUUUUGCCUGCCGGUGAUUGCUGUAGCAAUUAAACAGAAUAGCUUGCUGAGGUAGGUUUGAUUCCCAGGUUGCUGGCUCACCAGCCUUUUGGAAUAGCGCACAACAGGCUGGAAGUCCUUUAGAGGUAUCGCCCAUGUGAACAUGGUUACCAUGGCACUUUUCUUUGAGCACUUGGAGCCAAAAAAGUAGAAAAAUCAAACGGUAACCAUACAACUCCAUCUACUCACUGAAGGGUUGAAAACCAAGUCUGGUAUGUGCAUACUGGAAUCACUCCUUACCGCAGCUGCACCGUGAAAUGCUGCCAGUGAUGGAUAAUGUAAUGGCAGAUCCCAUACCAGUCGGAGGCAAAGGCCCCUUGGGCAGGAACGGGGGCAGAAGCAGGACUUUGAGGGCCAGCUAGGAGCUCAGUGUGGUUCACACUUGCCUUGUGGCAUCACAGCCAGUACCAUACAGGGAACCCCAACGCAGCCCUGGGACCUGGAGCAGCCAGUGUCGCUCUGGGAGUUGACACCCUUGGGACACAAGAGAUGAUGAUCAGCAGAGACGGCACCGGGGCAAGCAGAGGUGUAGGACCAGUGAGAUGCUGAUCCCCUGGUGUGGUGGGUCUGUAUGCCAAGCCGUGACCCCAACCACCUGCCUGCACAGCAAGGUGGGCAUGGGAAUAUCUGCUGCCUUCCGAAGCAUGAAUGCCCUGCUUUUGCCUUUUUCUGUCUUUCAGGAUUUACGUGUCUGUCUGUCUGUCUCUCUGCCUCCGUGAUCGGCCGUGACUAAUGUUGUUGUGAAUCUUGCACCUCCUUGUGUAGCAGGAGACAGGGAGAGUUUCUUGUGCUCCAAGUCAAAGUUUCUGAUGUGAGUCUUUUUUAAAGUUACUAUUUCCAUGUGUGCAAUGCGGAACUUGGA